UUUUGGAGCCCUUCUGACUUCAUCUCGGCCAAUCGAGAAGCAUACCAUUUCCCAGCCCAAUUUCCCGCUCCUGCAUCUUUGCAUCUUUGCAUCCAUCCCCCAUUCAAUUCUACUGUAUCCGUAUCAGCACUGCUACUGCACCUGCUGCACCUGCACUUUUCCCUCACUUUGCUUCUUCUAAUCCAUCAUCAAGCGCCACUCCGCUUCGGCCUCGCCCUUUGCUCACCCCAAGGAGAAGGUGCAGAUUCUGACUGUGACACUGCCAAACCUGCAUCUGCCUUCCAUCUGUUCCCCCGCCAUUGCAUUCCACUCCCUCUCCCAAGCCACCCUCUCAAAGGAACCAAUCGUACUUUCUCUCCCGCAUUACCAUCCAGUCCACCCUCUUCUUCCCUGAACAGCCUGUCAGCCCGUUCUUUGUUACGCUUCUUUUUCCAGUCAGACCCAUCUGCAAACAACAUCAACGAACCACCACCUCUUUGGCACCUUCCCCUUGCACCAACAAACCACAGCCUGCGACCAUUUCUCUGCUAGGUUGCCAGCUUAUUUUGCUUUCUGCGAACAAGCAAACCUCCUUGUAUCUCAUCGACUUCACUUCUUCGUCAUCCCUCAUCCCGCCUUCUCAAAAUCGGAUCUUCCUCAGACACAGACAACCGCCACCCAACAAGAAAACAAUAGCCCAUCAUGCCUUUGUGUGGAGGAUCCAAGACUGUCCAGCGCAAACUGGUUCUUCUCGGUGAUGGCGCGUGCGGCAAGACAUCUCUGUUGAACGUCUUUACCAGAGGCUACUUCCCGACUGUCUACGAGCCCACCGUCUUCGAGAACUACGUCCACGAUAUCUUUGUUGACAAUGUCCACAUCGAGCUUUCCCUCUGGGAUACUGCCGGCCAGGAGGAGUUCGACCGCCUCCGCAGCCUGUCCUACGAUGACACCGACUUGAUCAUGCUCUGCUACAGCGUCGACAGUAAAGACUCCCUGGAGAACGUCGAGAGCAAGUGGGUUGGCGAGAUCGCCGACAACUGCCCUGGCGUCAAGCUCGUUCUGGUCGCCCUAAAGUGCGAUCUUCGCGAGGCCGACAACGAGGAGGAGGAGGGCGCCGAGGGCCAGCAGCGCGAAAAACGUCCCAUGAUCAACUAUGAGCAAGGUCUGGAGGUCGCCCGUCGCAUCAACGCCCUCCGCUACCUAGAGUGCUCCGCUAUGCGCAACCGCGGCGUUAACGAGGCCUUCACUGAGGCCGCCCGCGUCGCACUCAGUGUCAAGAAGGAUCGCGAGGAAUCUCAGUGCGUCGUCAUGUGAACGAAUCACGCACCCCAACAUGCGCAUUUUGCGCUCUUGACAUUCUUCACUUUCUCACGGUCACGAUCACGAUCGAACGGGCGGACCUUGUUUCGGACGGGAUCGGAAUACCAUUUUCAGUGUUGCACUACUCGGACAGGCGUCGGCGUUCCCACGGAUUGGUCCUUUCCACCUCGAAUUUGCACCCCCUCGCAUUACCCGACUACUUUAUUUUAUUCCAGCUUGUCCAGCUCCUUGGGCAGACGCGAUGUUUCUCUUUCAUCGUCAGCCACUUUAUGCGUUUGUGGUUGACGCGACUUUCUCGAUACCUCUGGGCACCAAGCACUCACCUUUGAGCAAAUUUGUAAAUACCCGCUUCACUUCUCAAUGCACAUACGGGGUUGGGGGCAGGCUUCAUUUCAUCUCUUGUCGCUUUCGGGUUUUACUGCGUAUACAAGACGGGCAGCAUGGCCACCGAGGAAUGGUGUGCUGUAGGUGGCAGGAGGAUGGCACAUGCAUGUGACUGGCUACUAGAUUUCUCAGACGGGGGAUGGCAACAGCAGUCACUCUCCCUCCAGACUCUUUCAUUGGCCUGUAUAAGCAAUCAAAAGCUAUCUCUAGAUGAUGCUUAAUGAAAACAAACGUCCAGGUACAAGCCGAACUGAACCUCUUUGGCUGGUGAUCUGGGAAUCAUGGAC